GUCUGGGCCAGACCCAACCCACGACCCCUGCACGGCCGCACCAACCAAAACCACAAGCAAGAAGGGGGCCGGCGUGUUUCUCAAAAAAAAAGAAGAAGAAGAAGAAGGGGGGCGCCGCCGCGGCGGGUAGGGUUUUAGCCGCCGGCGAUGGCCCUCUCCGCCUUCUCUUCCGCCCUGCUCCGCCGCCUCGUCUGCAACUCCACCCCAGCCGCCUCCGUAUUUCGUGCUACCUUUUGCUUCUCCUCUUCCGGCUCCGGCCCGUCGCACACCGCGCCUCCUCCGUCCUCCAUAUUCGGCGACGAUGCGGAGGUUGCCAACGUGCCACCGCUCACCACCCCCAAGCUAUUCGUCAGCGGCCUUUCAAGGCUAACAACAGAUGAGAAGCUCCAGGGCGCAUUUGCUCCUUUUGGGAGGCUCCUUGAAGCAAAAGUUGUGACGGAUAGAGUUUCAGGGAGGUCAAAGGGUUUCGGUUUCGUCAGAUACGCCACUAUAGAAGAGGCUGAGAAAGCGCGGCAGGAGAUGAACGCUAAGUUUCUGGAUGGAUGGGUCAUCUUCGUCGACCCUGCCAAGCCAAGGCAACCAAAGCCUGCUCCUCAGCAGGACACCCAUUCUUCACACGCUGGCUUCACAACGAACAAGACUGUAGGAUGGUGUGGCUAAUUGCAUCGAACUGUUGUUAUACUGCACAACUUGGUUGAGGGAACUAGCAGAAACACCGUAGAGUAGUUUGAUUUGAUAAAGGCAAUGGAGGGAUGGAGAUACAAUUCUCUUAUUGGCGUCACAUUUUUGUUCUAUGAUCGUCCUUGUUCACUUUUUCUAGUGCAUGAUUAUGCGAAAUUGAUGAUACAAUCUC